AUGAUGAAGAUAAUGACGAUGAUGAUGUUAUUACAAUUGGUGACUUUUGCUCUCGCUGCCCACUCUUCCCUACCAAAAGAUGGUGAAGAACCUCCUGCGAGUAAGUACUGAUUCACGUAUAGUUUUUUUAAAAACGAAUAAGUACUUCUUCCAACAUCUUGUCCGAAUCGAAAAGUUUGUAAAUAACUCGCCUCUGGCUCCUGUGUUGCGAAGUUUUCUCUUGUUUUCUCAAUAUCCUGUGCCAAGGAUUAUUGCCUUAGGAAACCGAUAAAAAUUGCGGUCUAUUACUUCAAAGAACGAAAAAAUAAUUCGUCUGACGAAGUUGAAAGAUAUAAUACUCCUUCGAAGUCAAUCUUAUGCACGACAUUAUGGACAAAAAAAAAUCUUUCUCAAGCCUCUUUCGCCCUAACUUCAUAAAUCCGUUUUUUUUUAAUGGUUUUUCUUGUGGGUUUUCUUUUAAUUGCUGUGUCUUGGGAAUACUUUCCAAUCAAACUUUAUCUGUUUGCAACUUGAUUGGGGGGUGAAACUAGGUUUUCCGAAAGUCAGUUUUGGCACCGAGCCGAUAUGUAAAAACAACUUCAAAUUCAUAAGCUAUGGAUCCUGUGUCCUGUGAACCCUUUCCAUGUGGUUUAAUCUAAUACAGAUGCCUGAUCAGCUGGUUCCACCAACAAAUCCACCAACGUGAUUGCUCUUUUACUAUCACCAGAUAGUACAGCACAAAGUCGCAUGAUGCAAAAUGUUUUGCUACCUUCAUUAUUUUAACUACAUACAUUCAACUAUUACAUUGACACUGGUAAAUAUCAUCAGUUUUAAUGCUACUUGUCAACUUGUUUUGUUUGAAGGAAUUCAAUGCCCCACAUGUGAAGGAGAGACGGAAGAUGAUUGUAAUAGCAAAACUGAGAUGGUAGCUUGUCCCAUAGAGGCGCCGAUA